CGCGUGCAGUAGAACCUGUGCACCUGUGCAGCUCGUCCACUUUGUAAACAUGGCGCGUGCGUUCGGUUUGGUGACCGUCGGCGCGUGCGUCCUCGCGCUCGCAGUGGCCUGGAUCUCCUACCGGCUUAUACGGAACUUCCUGCGAAUGUGGAACGUUCUGAAGCCCGUGCCGAGCAUCGGUGUGGCCUACCCUCUCCUGGGGCACGCGCUGCAGCUCAAGUCCGGAGCCGGAGAGUUUUUUUGUCAGAUGAUCGAAUUCGCGGACAAGUUUCGGAACGCGCCGCUACUGCAGGCGUGGCUGGGACCCCUGCCCUUUCUGUUCCUGUACCAUGCAGAGACUGUGGAGCGGGUUCUGAAUAACUCUGUGCACAUGGAUAAAGCUUAUUCUUAUACCUUUUUGCACCCCUGGCUCGGAACUGGGCUGCUGACCAGUACAGGGACUAAAUGGCGGAGCAGGAGAAAGCUCCUCACUCCCACCUUCCAUUUCUCCAUCUUGACUGAUUUCCUGGAGGUGAUGAACGAGCAGGCUGUGGUCCUUGUGGACAAACUGGACAAGCACGCAGGGAAAGAGCCAUUCGACUGCUUCAGCCACAUCACACUAUGUGCUCUGGACAUCAUCUGUGAAACAGCCAUGGGGAAAAAGAUCUUUGCCCAGAGCAACCACGACUCUGAAUAUGUGCGGAGCGUCUACCGGAUGAGUGACCUUAUCAGUAAGCGCCAGCGGAUGCCAUGGUACUGGCCGGACAUUGCUUUCCAUUACUUCGGUGAUGGCAAAGAGCACGACCGCUGUCUGAAGACCCUGCACUCCUUCACUGAGAGUGUUAUUCGCGAGAGAGAGAAGUAUGGAGUCCACCACAUGGAGUCCGACAGAGGAACCGAUCAGGGAAAGAAGAAAAGGCAGGCCUUCCUGGAUAUGCUUCUGAAGACGACGGACGAAAACGGGAACAAGUUGACACACCAAGACAUCCGGGAGGAAGUGGACACGUUCAUGUUCGAGGGACAUGACACUACAGCGGCUGGUAUGAACUGGGCUGUUCACCUGCUGGGGGCUCAUCCUGACAUACAGAGGAAAGUUCAGCAGGAGUUAUAUGAAGUGUUUGGUGACUCUGACCGGCCCAUCAGCAGUGAGGACUUAAAGAAGCUGCGUUACCUGGAGUGUGUGAUUAAAGAGGCGCUGCGUAUCUUCCCCUCCGUGCCCUUCUUCGCUCGUACCAUCUGUGAAGACACGCAUAUCAAUGGCUACAAGGUGCCUAAGGGUGUAAAUGUGAUCAUAAUGACAUACGCACUGCACCGUGACCCACGAUUCUUCCCUGAGCCUGAAGAGUUUCGUCCUGAGCGCUUCCUGCCUGAGAACAUGGCAGGACAAUCCCCUUACUGCUACAUCCCCUUCUCUGCGGGCCUGCGCAACUGCAUCGGUCAGCGUUUUGCUCUGAUGGAGGAGAAGGUGAUUCUGGCCUCCAUCUUGCGCUCUUUCAACAUUGUCUCCUGUCAGAAGAGGGACGAGCUAAAGCUACUUGGAGACCUUAUCCUCAGACCUGAGAAGGGCAUCUGGAUCACGCUGCAAAGGAGACGCCGUUAACGUGUAUCUAAGAUUAGGUUUUAAUGAACCUAUAAAAAAACGUGUGUUAUAAAAGUAAUUUUAUGAAAAUGAAUGAAAUCUUUUUAAAUUUUUACUUACAGGCUCAGAAUUUGGUUUAUAAGGUUGUACUGAUAAAAAAAAUAAUACCGAUUAAAGAUACAGGGAAUGUG